ACACCAGCAAGAUGGACCGUGGCACAAAGACUUACGUCGGGACGGGCGAGACGACCGAGUGGGAGGACAUCCUCAUCAAGCGUGGCAUCAUCGCCCCCAAGACGAAGGCGCCUGUUGAGGAAGAGGUUGAGAGCGAGGAUGACGAGGACCCGCGCGAGAACGCCACGAUGGACGAGCUCGAUGAGAUGGACGACGACUACGACGAGGACCAAGCCCUUGCGCGUAUUCGCGAAAAGCGCAUUGCCGAGAUGAAGGCGAUGGCGGCCCGCAACCUCUUUGGCGACGUGCAGCCCAUCUCCAAGGACGAGUGGACGCGCGAAGUCACGGACGCGAGCAAGAACUGCUGGGUCGUCGCCUACCUCUUUGAGGCGAGCGUCGAGGGCUGCAAGCUCAUGGACCAGCUGCUUCGCGCGGUCGCUGCCAAGCACCGUGACGUCAAGUUUGUGAGCAUCCAGUCCCAAGUGUGCAUUGAAAACUGGCCCGCGCGGAACCUCCCGACGCUCUUUUGCUACAAGGACGGCAACCUCGCGACGCAGAUGCUGACGCUGAGCAAGCUCAAGGGCCUCGACACGCGCGUCGAAGAUCUCGAAGAGUUUUUGGCCGAAGCCGGUGUCUUUCGCUUCUAAUCCUCGAGCACCUUGGGCACUUGGAAGUAGUAGCCGUGCUUGACGGACGCGUUGGCGAGUACGUCGUCCGGGCAGUUGCCUUCGAGAGCCGCGUCGGGCCGGAGCGGCGCCGACUCUAUAGACAUAAGAAACAUAAGAAAACAGGACGCGUCGCUUGCCCA